ACGAAAACGAAUUAAUAACAUUCGGAUAUAUCGAAAUAUUAAAUUCAUCAAAGAAAAAUUGUUUGUACAAGAUAAAUUGGGAUAUAUAAUACAUUUCAAUAAAAACAAAAAAUUGAAAAUCAACUGGGAUAUUUCUAAACGGUUAAUGUAUGGGUCAUUAUUGUUACUUACUGUAAAUGAAUUCAAUGACUUUUUCAUCGGUAUUGUAUUGAACCGCGAUAGAAGAUAUUUGGAAAAUGGUCAAUUAGUUGUAGAAUUGAUUGAAGACGUACAGCCAAACAUUCUCGAGUCUUCAUUGACUAUGGCCGAGAGCGAAGUGUAUUUUGAACCUUACAAAUGUGCCAUGCUAGUUUUGCAGAACUUAAAUGAUAGUAAUUUUCCGAUGAAAAAAUAUAUUAUUUCAGCAUGCAAUAAAAUCAAAAACCCAAAGUACUUAAAAUCAUUACCUGUAAAAAUGUUUAAUAUCAAUGAUGAGUUACCAUUCAAUGUUUUAAACGAUUGUGAAUGGCCUACACGAGAAAAAAUUGGACUAGACGAAAUGCAAUAUAAAGCAUUCAAAGCAGCGUUAACGAAUGAAUUGGCAGUCAUACAAGGUCCACCUGGCACAGGGAAAACAUUUAUUGGAUUGAUGAUAAUCGAAACAAUUAUUCAAAAUUUGUACCGAAAAAAUGAAUUAAGAAAUCCAAUAAUAGUUGUAUGCUAUACUAAUCACGCCUUAGAUCAGUUUAUGGAAGGUAUAAUAAAAUUCACAAACAAUGUCGUUAGAAUUGGUGAUCAAACAAAAUCAAGUAUAGUAAAAGACUAUACUUUAAAGAAUGUAACAAAAAACUAUAGAAAACCAUUCAAUGUAUUUAAAACCAUUAAGAGUGCGACCGAAAUAAUUAAAAAUAUAGAACACGAAAUAACGUAUCUUAAAAAUUGUAAAGAAUUUAUUUCUAAGAAUGCUGGUAUUUUAGAAUUAUCCUUAUUAAAAAAUGGAAUGCCAAUAGAAUACCAAAACUUCUUUUCGAACCCAAUAAAAUAUAUUAGUUGGCUAAUUUGUGAUUCUAAUUACUUUGACUUUGAUCCAAUUCAAUUUAUUAAGAACCAACAAUUGAUUUCUGAACAUUUUUACUUUGAAAACAAUUUAUAUGUUAAAAAUAUUAAUGAAAUAGAUGAUGACAAUUUAUACUGAAAUGAAGAUCCGGACAUAGUUUUCAAACACCAGGAUAUUGUUAUUUACAGCAUUACUUUGAAAUCUGUAAAAGAUACCUGUGAUAAAAUUAUUGAAAUGCUAAAUAACUUAAAACCAAAAAGAAUGAAACGUCAAUAUAAUAAUCGUUAUUACUCUAAUGAUUAUAAUAAAAAUUACGAACAAUUAGAAACAAUUUGUUAUAGAAUGGAAAGAAUACACAAUUAUAUUAAUCAUAUGUUAAAAUUAGUUGAUUGUAAAAAAUUCUGGAAUACGAUUCCGAAAGAUCUUUUUAAACUAAAAAUGAAAGAUAGAUGGUUAUUAUAUUUUCAUUGGGUGGAUACUACUAAAAAUGCAUUUGAUUUCAAAAUAUUUAAUCUUGAAAAAAACGUUUGUAAUCAGCACAAACAAUAUUCAGAAUUGAAGGAAGUGGAAAAUAUUGAAAUCUUGAGAAGGAAAUACAUUGUUGCAAUGACUACUACUGGAGCAUCUAAGCAUAGAGUUUUACUCGAAGGACUGCAAUCACCGAUUGUGGUUGUUGAAGAAGCAGCUGAAGUAUUAGAGGCACACAUAAUCGCAUCACUAACUAGACAUUGUCAACAUUUAAUACUUAUAGGUGAUCAUAAACAGUUACGUCCUAGUACUGCAGUCUAUAAACUGGCAAAGGAAUUUCACUUAGACAUUUCUUUGUUUGAACGUAUGGUCAACAGUGAUGUGCCAUACUACCCAUUAGGUGAACAGCAUAGAAUGCGACCUGAAGUGUCGUCAAUAAUAACGCCAGUUAUUUAUCCCAACCUGUUAGACCACAUUUCAGUACUCAACAGACCGCAUAUACGUGGUGUCACUAAAGAUAUUUUUUUUAUCAACCAUACUAACUUCGAAACUGAAGUCGAAGAAAUAUCAAGCCAGAGUAAUGAUCACGAAGCGUACUUUUUAAUUAUGUUUGCUAGACAUUUAAUAUUACAAGACUAUAGGCCCAAACAAGUAACAAUUUUGACUACCUAUAAUGGACAAAAGUUUAAACUACGUUCUUUACAAAAACAAUAUUCAAAUUUAAAUGGUAUGAAAAUUCAAGUUGUUGAUAACUAUCAAGGGGAAGAAAAUGAUAUUAUAUUGUUAUCGUUAGUUAGAAGUAAUGAAAGCGGUAAAGUGGGUUUUUUGAAAACCGAAAAUAGAGUAUGUGUUGCCCUAUCUAGAGCUAGGGAUGGUUUAUAUAUAAUGGGAAAUAUGGAAAACCUAAUCUACUCAAGUAAUUUAUGGAAAGAAAUAAAACAACAAUUAGUCGACCAAGAUUCGUAUGGCAAUGAAUUAACUUUAAAAUGUGAAGUUCACCGUGAUUCCAUUACAAAAGUCUCGAAAUGUGAAGAUUUUAAACCAAUUUCAGAAGGUGGUUGUACUAUGUUAUGCAAUAAUCUAAUGAAAUGUGGUCAUUACUGUUCAAGCAUAUGUCAUGUUUAUGAUCGUGAACACACAAAAAUCAUAACAUGUCAAAAUCCGUGUAAUAGGACUUGUGAAAAUAAUCAUCCUUGUGAGAAACAGUGCGUUGCAAACUGUGGAGAUUGCAUCGUGCCUAUGCUUAAGAUACUACCAUGUGGCCAUCAAGCAGAAGUACCUUGUCAUGUUGACUCUAAUACAUUUAAAUGCGUAGAAAAGAUGGAAAUAACAUUGAAAAAUUGUGGGCAUAAAAUAAUUAAAAACUGUUACGAGAAAAGACCUAAGUGUGCAAUUAAAUGCACUGAUCGAUUACCAUGUGGACAUGCAUGUAACAUUGAUUGUCAUAAAGAUGAUGAUCCGACACAUGAAAGAUAUGUAUGCUCAAAACCAUGUUCAAAACUAAAUAUAAACUGUUCUCAAUAUCAUAAAUGCAUGAAAAAAUGUUACGAAAGUUGUUCAAAUUGUACAAUAAAAGUUGACAAAUUACUAGAAUGCGGCCAUUUAAAAAAGACUGUAAAUUGUAGCGAUGACAUCAAAAGUAUCCAGUGCUCAAAACAUCUCCCGUGUAAUCGCAUAUUAGGAUGUGGUCACAAGUGUCAAAAAAUAUGCUAUGAGAAAUGCCAGUGCAAAAUUAUGAUCACAAAAACACUCCAGGAAUGCGGACAUACAAGUAAAAUAGAAUGCCAAAUAAAUCCCGAAAAAAAAGUUAUUUGUCUUAAAAAGUGCACACGAACAAUGAAUUGUGGACAUAAAUGCAAGUACAGGUGUGGAAGUGAAUGUGAUCCUAAAAAAUGUAAAGAACUGAUAGUGAAAGAGGGAAAGCUCGCAUGCGGUCACAGUAAAAUGUUGCUUUAUUGUUGUGACGCAGAUAAAGACUUUGAUGUUGGUAGUCAGUAUGUCCUCGACAAAUGCAAUGAACCUUGUUUAAAGAUGUUAUUAUGCGGUGAUAUAUGUUCUGGUACUUGUGGAAAAUGUAAACAAGGUCGACUGCACGUACCGUGUGAAGAAAUCUGUAACAAAAUGAACCCUUGCAAUCACACAUGCAAUUAUCCAUGCAAAGAAGCGUGUCCUCCGUGCGAAAAAAAAUGUGCUUACUCUUGUACGCAUUCUAAAUGUCCACUCCCAUGUAGUGCCCCGUGUGUACCAUGUCAGGAACCAUGUGUUUGGAAGUGUAAACAUUUUAAGUGCACCAAAGUAUGCAGCGAUUAUUGUAAUCGACCGCCUUGCUACGAACCGUGUCCAAAGAAAUUGAAAUGCAAACACAAGUGUAUUGGAUUUUGUGGCAAAACAUGCCCUCCUCUUUGUCGCGUAUGUGAUGAGGCCGGAUUAACAAAUAUUUUAUUUGGAUAUGAAGACGAACCAAACGCAAGGUUUGUUUACUUGGAAGACUGUAAACAUACGAUCGAGUCUAGAGGUCUAGAACAAUGGAUAAAUCAGAACAACGAAGAGAUCGUCCAGAAACAGUGUCCCAUGUGCAAAAUGCCUAUUCUGAAAACAAUGAGAUUUAAGAACCACGUGAAAUCUGUGCAGAAAGACAUCUGCGAGAUUGAGACCAAACUGUUAGAUGGACCCAAUUGGUCAUCCGUCGACCAGAAGAAGUCAACUCUCGCGCGAUCAAUGGAGAAAUUGAAACGCCAGUUCGAUAAAAUCGAGAUGAUGAGCACGCGGUUCGCGGUCGUAAAAAAAUUGUGGUCUCACUGGUCAGACCGACUGUUGCAACGCAUGCGCAGAAUCAUGUUGGAUGACGAAACCCUCGUCGAGCUCAACUCGUGGAUGUCUGCCACUAGACUGGCUGAAUCAUUUUUUGCUUCCGAGAAGCGUAUCCGGAACAUAAGCAACGGUGACACGAAAGACGUCGUGAUCGACCACUUUAUUUGGAUAAUGACCGAAACAGUGAUUCACGCAGAUCGUCUGUCCAAGCAACAGACGACCGACAUCAGCUUGGAAAUAGCGCGCGGCGCCCGUCUUGUAUGUCUGGCCGAGGUGAAGACCAAUCCCGAUUUCCAAUUGGCCGUCAUCAAUCAGGCCUCCACAUCGUCAACAGCUCCGGAGACGGUCGUCGAUUUGGUUGCGGGCGUGGAGGCCCUGUUGACGGCCACCGGACCAUAUUGCCGGAACGCGGACAGCGAAGUGAAACGACUCACCGAUCGGAUACGGACGGUGUUUAAGAGUCUGGUAGUCGUGACGGACGCCGAACGGAAGAUGAUUCACGCGGCCAUGUCUGUUAACUUCCACAAGCACGGGAGGUCGCAAGGCCACUGGCUUAAGUGCGCCAACGGCCACAUCUACUGCGUGACCGAGUGCGGCAAGUGUCCGGUGUGCAAGAAGGACAUCGGUGGCAACAAUCACAGGUACGUCGAAGGUACGACGGUGGCUACGGAAAUGGACGGCGCUACACAUUUCGCAUGGAGCGCCAUCAACAACAUGAACGAUUUUGUCUUCGAUUAAUCGUACAAAUUUUUUUUUAUA